AAAAACCCUGGUCUAUCUAUCUGGAGAAUUUGCAAGUAUCCCGACAUGAGGAGGUGAAUCUUUCAAUACAGUGCGAACGAAAACCCUAAAUCUUGUUGAGGUUUAAUCCCCAUUCUACUUUGACGACGAUGAUGAAUAAUAACUUAACAGACGAUUCCGAGUGGGAAGUGAGACCUGGUGGUAUGCUCGUCCAACGAAGGGACGACCCUUCCUCCUCCUCCUCCGACCCACAACCUCUCCACCACGAUCCCAGCUCUGCUUCCGCCGUUUAUGCUCAGACCAUCAGGAUCAACGCUUCCCAUGGCUCAUCUCACCACGAUCUUCACGUUUCUCCCCUCGCCACUUUCGGGGAUGUGAAGAAAGCCCUUGUCCAGAAAACUGGAUUAGAGGCUACUAGCGAUCGGAAGAUCUUGUUCAGGGGAGUUGAGAAAGAUGACGCUGAGCAACUUCAAGCUUCUGGUGUUAAGGAUGGGUCUAAGCUUGUCCUUGUGGAGGAACCUAAUAAUAAUAAUAAGAGAGUAGUUGAACAGCAGCCUUCUCCAGUGAUGACCCAAGAGAUGGCUAAGUCUAUUGCUGCAGUUAAAUCUGUCUCUGGAGAGAUCGAUAAGCUCUCGGAUAAGGUUGUUGCUCUAGAAGUUUCUGUUAAUGGAGGGACGAAAGUUGCGGUGGAGGAGUUUGACAUGACUGCUGAGCUUCUCAUGAGGCAGUUGCUUAAACUGGAUGGUAUCGAGGCAGAAGGAGAAGCUAGAGUACAGCGAAAGGCAGAGGUGCGUAGAGUGCAAAAGUUGCAGGAGGGUGUGGAUACGUUGAAGGGAAGAUGUUCAAACCCGUUUGUGGAUCAAACCAAAGCAGCGGCUGUAAGCACUGAGUGGGAAACAUUCGGAAACGGUGUUGGAAGCUUGAACCCUCCCCCUCCUGCUUCUCCUUCUGCUAAUGUAACUCAAGACUGGGAGAAAUUUGACUGACCAUUUUAUUAUUGUUACGUUUCCAAAAAAAAGUAAUAAAGAAAAAUUCUCUUGUUCCUUUUUAAUUACUGUUGUUAAAUGAAAAAAGAAAUGAUCAGAAAAGUUUCGGUUUUAUCCUUAGAAUGUUUACAUGAAUCUCUCAGUGUCUGAAUCUGAAUACGUGUUUUAUACGGUUUGAUGUUUGUAUGUAGUUCAGGUUCCGAUUUUAGA